AGAACCCUCACAGGCUAGAAGCAUCUCAACAAAACACACAUACACAGACAGACUGAAGAAGCAGAAAAACAGAAGCCAAACCCUCUGAAAUCAACUCCGCAGAAGAAACACCAGACACUUAAGCCUUCAGGUUGCUCUCCAAGAUGGCUGGCAUGAAGGAACAGCAAUUCAUCGAGGAGAAGCCGCUACUUCCAGAAACCAGAGGCCAGGACACAGAAAUGGAGAACUGUGAGAGCUCGAUGCCUGCAGGAGACUGGAAGGAACAUGACAUUGAGACUCCCUAUGGGAUGCUGCAUGUGGUGAUCCGCGGGGCUCCAAAGGGCAACAGGCCUGCAAUACUCACCUACCACGAUGUGGGGCUCAAUCAUAAGCUGUGCUUCAACACUCUGUUUCAUAAUGAGGACAUGCAGGAGAUCACUAAACACUUUGUGGUUUGCCACAUUGAUGCUCCUGGCCAACAAGUUGGAGCCCCUCAGAUGCCAGCAGGGUACCAGUACCCCACCAUGGACCAACUGGCAGGUAUGCUACCCAGCGUGGUGCAGCACUUUGGAUUUAAGAGCAUUGUGGGAAUUGGAGUAGGGGCUGGUGCAUACAUCCUCGCCAAGUUUGCUCUGAUCUUUCCUGACCUUGUUGAGGGUUUGGUUCUGCUCAACAUCGACCCAAAUGGGAAAGGUUGGAUCGACUGGGCUGCUUCCAAACUAUCUGGAUUGACCAGCACGCUUCCUGACAUGGUUCUACCUCACCUCUUCAGCCAGGAGGAGCUGAUGAACAACAGCGAGCUGGUGCAGAGCUACAGGCAGCAGAUCAACAACACUAUCAACCAGUUCAACCUGCAGCUCUUCUGGAACAUGUACAACAGCCGCAGAGAUCUGGAGAUGAAUCGCAGUGGGACUGUACUCAACGCCAAGACACUCAGAUGCCCCGUGAUGCUGGUGGUUGGAGAUAAUGCUCCAGCAGAGGAGGGCGUGGUUGAAUGCAACUCCAAACUGGACCCGACCAACACCACUUUCCUGAAGAUGGCUGACUCGGGUGGACUGCCUCAGAUCACACAGCCUGGAAAACUGACAGAAGCCUUUAAGUACUUCCUGCAGGGGAUGGGUUACAUGCCAUCGGCCAGUAUGACUCGGCUGGCACGCUCUCGCACUGCCUCUCUGACCAGCGGUGGCUCCAUGGAUGGCACCCGCAACCGAGCGUGCACACACUCGGACAGCACUGAGGGUGUGGGUCAGCUCAGCCACACCAUGGAGGUGUCUUGUUGAGCUCACACACACACACACACACACACACACACACACACACACACACACACACACACACACACACACACACAAACAUGUGUAGUUGGAGGGCAUGAAACAGACACCCGUAGGGGCUGAGUUGAAGGAAAGGGCAGAGAUUUGUUUCUGUUCUGUAAAACGACACACUCCUCUGUUCUCUCUCCUGCCUGUUUCAUGUUUAUGCUCUAAGUGUAUUCGUGGUUUUGCUCCCGUGUCUUCCUCUGUCCUGCUUACAUCAUACAAGCCCCGACAACAACUCCCACCAUCCCCUGCUCUCAUGUCCUAUCACAGUCUCCAAGUGUGACUGGUGGCUUUAAAGCACUGUAGAUUUGGAGUAGAAUGAAAGAAAUCUAUAGCGUACAAUAGUCAAGUGUUCUUUUUCCCCCCUCGGAUACAUUUAUGACUAACUAAUGAACUUGAGUGCUUAUAUUCUAUCAACAAAACAUAACAAGUCUGCAU